AUGAAAAUUGUCCAAGAAGAGACAGAAACAGCAGCUUAUUCGUUAGAUCUCUUACUUCCAUUCAGUCGGUUCGGUAUGAAAUUGAAUUGGGCCACCGAAACGUUUCUGGAUUGUUACAAUUCAAUAAAAUAUAAUGGAACUGUAAGUGAGGCAAGCUUGAAACCGAUCCAAGAUGAUUUGAUGCAGCUUUUGGUUGUGCCUGCCAAGAAGGAAUCAGACCUGACCCUCCCUGAGGAGGUUGAAUUUACAGAUGGGAAAUUCAAGUUGAACACGCAGUUUAUGGAAGCUGCCACCAUCUUGUCACUGGAAUUGGCAUUGCCUACCUUUGAUACCGCAGAAUUACUUCAUGAGGCAAGUACCAUAGAAUUUCAAUCUGGUGUAGACUUCAUGGAUAGUGGUAGAAUAGCAUUUUUCCAUAGAUUCCAGUAUAUAUUGAAUAUUGUGGGAUACUUGACUGCCACAAGGCAAUUGCAUUUGAUAACCAAUGACUUCCAAUCAAUUUUCCUGAAUUUAAUAGCUUCAUUCGAGUCAAUUUACACUAGGUUGAAUACAUUGAAUGAACUCAUCGACAAGCAGAAGAUCACUGGAGAUGUAAAUAAUCUUCAGUUUGUAAAUGCUUCACAGUACAGUAAGCUGGAGAUCUUCAAUCACCACGAACUUCUAGGUUCCAUUUACUUCAAUUUGAUCAGCAAUUAUGGUGACCAUGUGGCCACUACUGCCAAUUAUGAGAGAGUCAUUGAAGUAAUUACCAAGAAUUUGAAGGAUGAAGAUAUAUUUACAGUGCAUUACUUGCCAGGGUUAUUAAAAUUCUUAACGUCAUUCGAAGAAAUAAAGGCACCAGAAGUUGAGAAGUUCCAUAAAGCUGUCACCAGCAAAUUGACCGCUGAUUAUUCGAAAGUUUCAUCAGUGUCAACAAGUGCUUCUUCAUCGUCAGACAGUGAGAUUGAUGUCUCUAAAUCAGCACUUCAACCAUUGGAAGUUCUUCUAGCACUUAUCGGUUAUACUUCCUUCAUAUCAUGGUGUAAGAUAGAUGAAAAGAGAACUUCCCAAUAUAGCUUCCAAGAUGACAUCCUCAAAUACGUUGAAUGGUGUAUUAGUUAUGGAGCUCUUGAGAAAUUGCUAUGCAUAGCUUCAGACACAACAUACAAGGGAGAUCAUCUGAACUUCUCAUCAAUAUUUGUAUAUGAUUUCCGUUCAUUACUUCAAAAGACAUUACCUUCCCUUACCCCUAUUAAAAUUGCGUACCCUGGAGCAACCGAGUUACUAAACAUUGCAUCAACACGCCCUGACUUAUUAUCUAAUACUGAGGCGUUGGUGAGCACAGACAAGUUCAAGAUUGGCCAAGAUUUCAAUAAUGAUUUGGUUGGACCUUUACUCCAUAAUUUCUUUAAAGCAUUUGUUAAAAAUGCUGCAAUUAUUUUAACUCUGUUGAGGGACAGUGAAGAAGACUUUUUGUUGAGUGCAUCGACCGGGAAGGAGGAAGAAAGAGAGGAGAAUAUUAAAAGGACAAACAACGACACAAACUCAGCUUCAGAUAUUUCUUCUUCAGCAGGCCAUCGUGGUGAUUCUUCCGACAGGGAUUCCAUUGAUUUGGAUGAUAUAGCCAGUAGGUCUGACUUAGAGAGGUUCUACUUGGCAUUUGCCUAUACGCAUCAGAAUAGACCUGAGCUUUGUUCAUUAUUUUGGAAUGAAGAAAACACUGUCUAUGAACUUUUGGGCUUAAUUAACUGGGGGUUAACAAACAAUACAUCGCCCUUAAUUACAGCAACAUUCUGUAUUCUACUUGGUUCAUUAACAUACGGAAAUGAAAAUGACGACUUUUCUGUGAAAAUAUGGGAAAUCUUGAUAAAUAACAAUAGCACCACCAGUACAAAAAGAAAUGAUUAUUCAAAAGUCUCAGUUGAUUCAAUCUGUGAAAGUUUAUAUUACUACAUUGAUAUGAUGAAUAAGAAUUUCAAAGAAGACUUACAGUAUCAGCAACAGCAUCAGAGGAAUUUGUUACAGGAUAUUUUGUUACCAACGCACACUGCAGUAGGUGCUGGAAACAGCUCCUCAAUACAUCAUGGUGGUAGUGGUAGUGGAUCUGUUUCGAAUUCGAAUGAUGAUUCAGAAGCAAUAACACCAAUAGUCAUAGAACUUGCUGAAGACUCCGUGGUUUUCAUUUCAGGGUUCAUCCAAUUAUUGAGUAGCAUUGUAAAGAACCUCCCAAGCUCUUCAAAUCCAAGAUCAAACGAAAUAAUGAAAUCCAUAUUCGCUAGAUUUCAACCGAUAAUUUGUGAGUUUUUAAAAUUUGAUAAUUUGAUUACAAAUUCUAAAACUACAGUAGGAACAUCUAUAUUUAUUAGUGAUGAUAGUAGGGUUAUAUUAAUCAAUUUAAUAUUUGAUUUUCUCGGGGCAUUUGUUCAUGAAGACCUCACUUUGAGAUAUAAAAUAUGGGAUUUUGUUGACAGAUGGAUUUUUAAAGGUGGUUGGCCAGAUGCCGCCACUGUCAAUUCGACAGCGUCGGCCUCAGCAUCAACUAUGACAAAGACAAAUACUCUUGCAGGAAGCAGUGGUGAUUCGAGUAAUGAUAUUGGAAGUGGUUACAAAUCAGUGAGAAUUGUACAGCAUUUCCAAAAUACCCUUACCCAACUUUCUCAGGUUUCAAAUUUCAUCAUCCUUUUGAAAAAAUUACUUCUGAAUACGAACCAAGAUGUUAAAGCAUUCAAAAAGUAUAGAUUGUUAUAUCCAGCCGAUUUAGGAAAUGGCUAUCGAAAUAUUGGUAUUUGGCCAUACAUUGAAUACCUCUUACUAGAAGUGUUCGCAAAGUCUGAAAGUUUAUCCGAGGAAAGGUUAGAUAUUCAGUUACCUAUUCUAGAGAUAAUCUUAGAUUCUUUAAAUGAAAUUGAUUGGGUCUUCUUGAAUGACAUUGCACCAGUAACGAUAAGAAGAUUAGAUUUGAAUCAAUGCGUAGAAUAUGAAGGUGUUGGCUUUACGUUUGAGAACUUCAUAAAACUUCAUCAUUCUUUGGCAGUUUUAAACUAUUUGUUUGACGAAAAUGUAUACAAAGUCUUAUUUAAAAUCUUAGAGAGAGAAGGUGAAAGCGGAGAAGGUGAAGGUUGGGCCGUUGAAUCUAUUUUGAAAAUUACUCAAUCCUUGUUAGAACUUCAAGACACAUUUAUUAACAGUUUAUUACCAAUUAUAAGAAACAAAGGAGGGGAUAGUACAGAGAAUAAUACUGUUGGUAACGGUAGAUCAAAUGGAACUUUUGCAGGAUACGGAACUAAUAUGAGUAUUGUACUUUCGACUCCAAAAACAGUUUGGGAUAAUAUAUAUUACCCUAAAAAUAUUGGAUUACAAGGAAUUAGCAACUUUUACGAGAUUUUCGUCUUUAACUUGCCUGUUAUUGCAAUGUUUGGAUUAUUUGUGGGCUCAUUUAAAGUGUCGAUAUCAACGUCUUCAAUUCAAAUUUUAAAAGGUAUUUCCCAAUCGAGCUUCUUCACUAAUUCAAAAGGUAAUGUUUUGAAUAAGAAUAGGUUAUUGACUACUUUCGAAAGCAUCAAUGAAUCUGAGAGAAUCAAAUUUGCGUUCAUGAAGCAAUUGCAGAGAUCAAUUGACACUGAAGAGGACUUAGAGGUGAAAUUUAAAGUAUUGCAGUUCUUAAUUGAAAAUAUUGAGCCUAGUGAUGCAAGCUUAUCUCAUUAUUUACUAGGAUAUGAAUUCAAGGGAAAUUCAAUAACAUUGGAGGAAAAAGGAAACCAAAACAGCUUGCUUAAGACCUUACUUCUUUUGUUAGACUCUUCUUUGAAUUCUAUUUCAGACAUUGACUAUAAGAACGGGAAUGUCCACAUAAUAGAAUUCGCACCUGCGGCUCUAGCAUCUAUGAUUUUAGAAAUCUUGGUUAAGUUAUGCAGAGACUUUAUUUCAUCAAAGGUGACCCUUGAUUAUUUAAGAGAGGAAGGAGCCUUAUUUACAAAGUUAAUUCGAUGCCAGCCUAAUAUAGACUUGUCAUCUAUAUGGGCUACGAAAAGCUUUGAUGGUGAUUUACAGUCGACACAUCAAAACUCUUUCACUGAUGGAGAAUGUAUUGUGACCUUAUUUUCGUUUAUACGUCAUAGAAAUAUGAUCCUACAGUACCUUUCUCUCGAAUUCCAUGCAACAUCUAACCAAAAAUCAAUCACGAGAAGCGAAUACUAUAUCGAUUUAUUAUUAAAUGACAACGAGUUUUUAAACGGUUCUCCCAAGGUCUUAUCAUUCUUGGAUAUCUUGAAUUUUAGAUUAGAUGAUUUAGAUGUUUCAAGUUAUGAAAGCUUUGAUCAAAAAUACAACUUAUCAAAUGUUUUAAGUAUUAUGAAGAGAGAUCACAAGGGUAAUGAGGUCUUAAAUUUAGAGGUCAUGGAGAAGAUUUACAAAGUGGUCUGUAAAAUGUCUACCAUCAUCAGCAAAGAGCUGAAAAUGUUGUUCUCACAAGAAAUUAUGGAUGAAGGUAAUCACAUAAUUGAAUUCUUGACUAAGUAUGUGGUUUACGAAGAGUUUAGGUCUACACAAUUGUCAUGCCUUCACUCUUGGACUCAAUUAAUCCAGGUUUUACUUACUGAUGGUAAAAUGACGAAAUCCAAAAAGUCAAAUUUCAUAAUGGAAGUUUUCCAAAUUAUUUUACCGAAGAUUAACGAUUACUUGGAGUCUGAUAUUCUUUUCGCUAAGGAAUUGAUUUCAUUGAGUGUUUUGUUAUUUGAUUUCUACGACAGAGAGGAAAAUAGUAGAAGCGAGGUAUUAUUUCCCCUUUUUCAAACAUGUAUCAAUGGAAUCUUAUCAUCAUAUCUGACUUCGGAAUUGAGGUCCGAUUUAUACGUAUUGGCAAAUAAAUUUUUACAAAAAUCAUUUGAAAAUAAAGAAAUAUUGAAGGAUCUCGGAAACUCAAUCAAAUCGGUUGAUAAAAAAUUUGUUGAUAUCCUUUGCAAUGAUUCCAUUUACGCUGAAGGUUCGCAAAGAAUAACAGCACUUAUAUUAUUGGAAAGUUUGAUUCAUUUGUCUUCAAUUAGUAGAAUUAACUUCGUAUUGGAUAGUAUUAUCAAAAACAACUCAUUGUCUCUACUCGUUAGAUCAUUGAAAAGGACAGAUGAAAUUUUCAACAGUAAUGGAGACUCUGGAUUCAGCUUAAACAAUUUGCUAUAUGAAUUGACUGCUUUCAAGACAACUUUAUAUUUGUUACUUAGAAUAGCAACUACUAGAUCAGGGGCUUCACAGUUAAUUCAAUGUGAAUUAUUUCCUAUCAUUAAAUCUAGUAAAUUCCUAGCAAUUGAUCCAGAUUUGGGUUUGAAUUUGAAAAUUGCAAGUUCUGUCGCAUUCGGUACUUCAGGAGGCGUUUCAGAGAAGGCAAAUGACAAUAAUAACUUCAGUGUUCACUUAUCUCUCGACACUCCAUUAUCGUUAGCUGGAAAUUCUGAUUCUAAUUCUGGAGACAUUUCAUAUUUCGAAUUUUUGGUACCAGUCUUCCAAUUGAUAACAGGUGUUUUGGUAUCUAUGGGUCCAUCAUAUAAACCAAGUAUUGUACAAGGUAAAGAGCUCCUAAAGCAUUUCCACCAACUAAUCGUUGGAGUGCUCAAAAGAGAUGCGUUAAUUGAGAGUAAGAAACUGGAUUCGAAGAAAUUUUCACAAGUCUAUUCAGAGGAAAGUAUCUCAAAUGUAGGAUUGAGAGAAUUGGUGAAGCUAAUAGUCUUAUUGGAUUCGUUAGUUUCCGAGCAUGGUGAAUCAAAAUAG